CGCCUUCCUCGCUAAGCAACGGAUCGAGACCAGGACCCGGACAGAACCACAAACCAAAGAAAACUAAAAGCAGUUUCCUCAGCAGGCAGCUAAGCCAAAUCCACCGCUUCUGGAAACUCCCGAAACCAGAAUUCGCACUUCUGCAGCGAGCUAGAAGGCAGCAUUUUCGUCCAAGUUUGGGGGAAUGGCGUUGCAAUGGAUGAUCCUGGCCUACGUUGUGGCAGCGGAGGUGGUACUCGUCUCUUUGUUGACGAUCCCUGCGCCAAAGCUACUCAAGAAGCAGCUGGUCUCUCUCGUCUCCUUAAUCCUACAGCCGGCGCUGUUCGUCGUCCCUUUCGCCGGAUUUCAGCUCCUCGAUAUUUAUUGGAAGAAUGAGCAUCGGUUGGUGUGCACGUCGGAUAUCUGCACCGCCGCUGAGCGGGAUCGUUAUGAGAAAUCUUAUGCCGUGCAGAUGUACAAAUCGCAGAGGAACGUAGUUCUUUGUGCUAUAGCUUGCACGCUGUACUGGUGUCUCUAUCGUAUAUCCCAUUACCACAAAGAGAUCCAGAGGUUGGAGGAAGUGGAAAAGAGGGCCAAGGAGCAGUAGAGUUAUGCCAUGUUUUUACUGCCAUUGUAUCGACCAGAAUCUCCUUUGAUUAGUAAUCUGUAGUUGUAACAGUAUCUAAGCAGCAGCUAUUUUUCACCUUACUUUCCACACUUGUUAUGGACAAAUAUGUGAUUAUUAGACACAGACGCAAUUUCUGUUUAUUGUACUGGAUUUAGCACCUGUUGUGGGUUUGUUUGCUCUUCUCCCCCAUGCCUGACUAUGAUUUUGCAAUAAGAUGUGUGAUAUGAUAUAUCAUGCA